UAAAACAAUUUUAAAAAGUAAAUGUUUUUUAUUAAACUGAUUGUAAACUGUUUCUUCGUUUAAAAACCGCGUACAGCAUGCUGGCUACCUAAAUCGCAUAGCUAGCUAACCAACUAGCUACAGAGGAUUUUUUUUUUUUUUUUAAAUACACAAAUUGGGUCAAAUAAAAAGCAAUUAGCUUCGCUCUUCUCGUUUGCCCCCAUCUUGCUUGCUACGUUCAUGCACACCGACCACCGUCAAAAGUUCUGCCCCAUAAGAAGCAACGUGAUGGACCCACAAGCAAUGAGUCAAACAAAAGCAGCAGCGGGUCAAGAAAGUGCAGGGAUCGUUACAAGUAAUGGGUCUUCUCCACCCGCAUACGUCACCCUUAAGGGCAUGGGGUUGGUGAACUCAGCAUUUAAAGCAGAGGACUUGCUGAAACUGCGUCAUGGCAACCUGGGGAUUGGGCACACACGGUAUUCCACCACAGGCAUCUCCGAGCUGCAGAACUGUCAGCCAUUCGUGGUGGACACCCUGCAUGGCAGGAUCGCCGUGGCACACAACGGUGAACUUGUCAAUGCUGCUGCAUUGCGCAAAAAGGUGAUGAGACAUGGUGUCGGCCUUUCCACCUGUUCGGACAGUGAGCUCAUCACACAGCUUCUAGCUCUAACUCCGCCCAUGGAGGAAGCUGAUGCUCCUGAUUGGGUAGCACGCAUUAAGAACUUGAUGACAGAGACACCUACUUCCUACUCCCUGCUGAUAAUGUACAAAGACGUGAUCUAUGCUGUGCGAGACCCAUAUGGGAACAGACCUCUCAGCAUCGGACGUAUGGUGCCCAUCUCCAAACUACAUAGUUCAGGUGGAGGAGAAGGAGACACUGAAGGCUGGGUGAUCUCCUCUGAGUCCUGCAGCUUCCAGUCCAUCGGUGCCAAGUAUUACCGUGAGGUACAGCCUGGAGAAAUAGUGCAGGUCUCCAAGUAUGGCGUCAAGAGCCUGUGUGUAGUACCUCGCCCUGAGGGAGAGCCUCCUGCCUUCUGCAUAUUUGAGUAUGUUUACUUCGCCAGACCAGACUCCAUAUUUGAAGGUCAGAUGGUGUAUACGGUCCGGCAACGCUGUGGACACCAGCUGGCCAUCGAAGCCCCCACUGAAGCAGAUGUGGUCAGCACGGUUCCUGAGUCUGCAACGCCAGCAGCGUUGGGAUACGCACAAGAGUCUGGCCUACCUUACGUAGAGGUCCUCUGCAAAAACCGAUAUGUUGGCAGAACUUUCAUUCAACCAAACACUCGUUUGCGUCAACUCGGAGUGGCCAAGAAGUUUGGCGCAUUGACUGACAACUUUGCUGGCAAACGAGUGGUGCUGAUUGAUGAUUCUAUCGUGAGGGGAAAUACCAUCUCACCCAUCAUUAAACUACUUAAAGAGGCAGGGGCGACAGAGGUUCACAUUCGAGUGGCAUCUCCUCCGAUUCGGUUCCCCUGCUACAUGGGCAUCAACAUUCCUACCAAAGAGGAGCUCAUCGCUAACAAACCAGAGUUCACGGACAUUGCCGGAUACAUUGGGGCCACCAGCGUGCGGUACCUGUCUGUUCAGGGCCUGGUGGCAGCCGUCCAGGGUGGGACCGCGUCAUUUGGGGGGAAGGAGCUGGAGAUGAUCAGCCCGAGCAACAACGGCAUCAGGAGGCUGGGCCAUUGCACAGCAUGCCUGACAGGCAAAUAUCCUGUGGAACUGGAGUGGUGAAGGAGGAGACUGCGCCAUAACCAGACAUUCCUACCACUUCUGAAAAGUCAAGCUACCUCGCAAGCAUCUUCACCAAAAGUGAAAUACAUUAUGAGCUGUGAAAUGCAGAAGCAGCUUCAAACAUCAUAAUUCAAACAGAAAUGGUUGCAGCAUUACAUAAUGCUAGAAAUAUCAUGUAAUUGAGUUUCAUUUAGAUUUCAUUUCGUAUGGAAAUUCAAGCACUUUGAGAAUAACCAGUUUUGCCCAUUUAAGGCCCCUCCCUGUCUGCUAUUUGUACAUUCAAACAUUAGUUGGGGUGUGAUUUAUAUUAUUGACCAUGAUGCACUGCUACUGAUAUUCCUAAAAUGCCCCAAUAGGCUUCUUUUUAUUUGGACAGAGAAGCUAUGGCUCUUUUGUGUUCAGACAACAUACAAAAAAAGAUUGUAGAUCAAAGUAGUGAAACACUAUUUCAAGGAGUGUGCAUGUGUAUGCAUGUUUGAAAGAAAGAAGUGUUCUGUUGUAUCUGCUAUUUUGUAAAGCCUAUGAAACUUGUAGCAUUUGUAAUAAACCUGCACCAAUGAAAAUGAGGCCCCACACCCAUGCUUUGAUUGCUUUUACCAAUGAAGUCUCAAUUUCUGUAGGAGAAACAAGACCAUUUAUUAAAAUUUUAUUUGAA